AAUCCCUACUUAAUCAAUGCCACUAAGUCAGUGUGGAGUCACAUGCUGACGCUCUUAAGGUGAACACGUUUGAUCGGCCGCGCUCAGCAGCAGGUGGGACUUUUAUGUUGUCAUCCUCCAACCAGAUGUGUGUUAGUUACUCUAGCCCCCGUUUGUAUCAGCACCGUACUGCUCCAUCAGUCCUUGUCCUGUGCUUAUAGCUUUCUAGGAAUAUGUUUGCUCUCUCCGUCCUUCUGCGUGAAAGUAGCUUUAGCUCCGCCCCUUAAGACUGCCCGUGCAAACUUGUGUGUACUAGAUCAAACACUGAUGAAAUGUCCCUACUCCUGGUUCUUAAAUGUACACUUUUUGCAGGAGUCCACCAAACAAUCUGCUCAGACUGGCAGCGAAGGUGGGGAAGAUGAUGAAGAAGAUGUAGCUCAGACCGAUGAUGACGAUGAUGACGACGACGACGACGACGACGAUGAUGAUGAUGAUGAAGAAGAAAAGAAGGAUGCAGAGGACAUGCCCACACAGAGGUUGGAGGAAUGGCUACAGAAUGCUGACAGGCUGCCCGAAGAAUCAGCCGAUGACGGUGAUGACCACGACGACGCACUGAAGAGGGCAGCGGAGGUCAAUGAGGCUGACCCCUCAGCUGAAGAAAAGACAGAGGGCGACACUCAACCAGCCAAUGGGACAGCCGACGUCUUCUCAAAGAGUCAAUCGGGCUCCACCAAAAAGCUUUCUCUCUUCGGGCGGCUGUCAAUCUCCAGGUCGCAGCAAGCCAGGUCAAAUCCUCCAUCCCUGGCUGAAGUCGCUGCUGGUGACUUGCACACAAACCCGGCAAGUAGACAAUCUAGUAACAAAGACCCUCGCUCCGGCGCCUGCAACGUCCUCUGAUACAAAACGUGUAAAGACCUCAUACCAAGUUUGAACUUUAUAUCCAGCAUCCUUACAAUUACUGUAACCACUCUGUCUCUCUCUGUGUGUGUGUGUGUGUGUGUGUGUGUGUGUGUGUGUGUGUGUGUGU